UUUCUCUCCGGUUUAUUUUACAGGUGGAACUUACCGGAAGUCAUCGUUCUAUUGCAUUGCCACGGAGUGCGAACGGAGUAGGGUAUUAUUUACAUCUUCUGCCUUCGCUUUUACAUUCUUUACAUUUUAUCGAAGCCUCUCGGACUCUCAUCGCCGCGAGAAUGACUGACAGAUACAACAUUCACAGUCAGCUGGAGCAUCUUCAGUCAAAGUACAUCGGCACAGGACACGCUGACACCAGCAAGUGGGAAUGGCUGGUCAACCAGCACCGAGACUCGUACUGCUCCUACAUGGGACAUUUUGACCUGCUCAACUACUUCUCCGUCGCUGAGAACGAGAGCAAAGCGCGUGUCCGCUUCAACCUGAUGGAGAAGAUGCUUCAACCAUGUGGACCACCAGCAGACAAACCUGAUGAUGCCUAGAUUACACUGGACUCUGCAGCUCUCCGGCAAAUUAUCAGAGAAGAUGGAAAAGUGGCAUACUAUCAUCUUGUAUUAACUGAUGGCUGUAUUCUCGAUUAGAUUUUCUGUUUUGUUUUAAUUAAAUUUCAUACGUUACCAAUUAAAAUGUGUUUUCUCGUCAUGAAGUCAGUGCCCAGGCUACAUACAGAUAGGUGACCCAUUCAAGUUAGAGCAGCACAAAGUGACUUAGUGUAGUGUGUGGCCACCACCAGCAAACAACUGCUCUAAUGCUCCUCAGAUUCUCAGUCUCUUUAAAGCUAUAGAAGGAAUGAACUCCAUUCUUGUAAAAGAUACUCCCUCAUUUGCUAUUUUCACACAAAUCUUUUAUAGGUUUUAAGUUGAAAUUGUCACUGCAAAGGCCGUAGCACGUAAUUCAUACUCAUUAAAUCAUUCAGUGACCUCA